ACGGCAGGUUUUGGAAUAAGGCAAGACGUGAUUUUCGUGCGCGAAAAUAAAGGCGCAGUUACGGCAGGAAAUUAAAACAACUUUACAGCCGCGUCCACGUACGCUCGUCCAUCUGAAUUAUUGGCGGCGGUUACCUGCGGCGGAAGUGAGAGGUCCGGCCGGCGAAGAAUAUGUCCACCACCGGCGCUGGCGAUGGCAUCCUCCCUGUAACAUCUGCGCAUGAGGCAGUAGGUACGUCUGUUUCAAUGGACAUGCAACCUGUUUUGUCUGCAAUCGCCCCAUACACAGAGGGUGUAUCUGUGACUCCUCCGGCGGCAUUGAGGGCACCUGGACAUAUCGAAGAGCACACAAAAACAACAGACGUGGUCGGCGCAGAGAAGCACAUCCCCAUGAGACAUAUUGGGCCACAUGAACAGGACACACCUCAUAUUCUUCAAAGCCAUCCGGACAAUAUUGAUAUAAGAUUGAUACCUAAAGUCGGUAUGACAUUUAGUAACGUGGAUGAGGCGUAUAAUUUUUAUAGUCAAUAUGCAUACGAGGUAGGAUUUCCGUUGAAGAAAUAUAGGGAGCGGAAGAAUUGUAAAUGGUUGAACUGUUCAAUGGAAGGAAAGAAUGCUGAAAGGGUAGCUGGAAAUCCAAGGAUACGUAACACAUGUUCGAAACGAACACAGUGCAAGGCUGGGAUGAAACUCAAAAAAAUCUACGAUGAUGCUAAAGAGAAUGUUAUUUCUGUUCGGAUUGAUCUGGUAAACUAUGAGCAUAAUCAUGAAUUUUUGAAGAAAGAUACAGAAAAAGGGCAAUUGCAAUGCAACAAAACACAUGAUCGUGAAUAUAUGGAGUUCCUUAGUGCGAUGCAAGAAAGCAGGAUUCCACCACAUUGCAUAAUGGAUUUUGUUACUGAAAUGCAUGGUGGCCCAGAAAACGUUCCAAUAACCGUGCAGGACAUGAGUAACCUGAAAAAAGCAUGGCAAAGGGAGAGAAAUGCAAAUGAUGUGUCAAAACUGUUAUCUUUUUUUUCAUUAUGCAAGAAAGAUAAUCCACAGUUUUUUUCAGACUUUCAACUGGACAAAGAAGGGAAAAUUUUAAGCAUAUUUUGGUCCCAUGCUAGCCAGCAAGCCGAGUACAUUGAUUUUGGUGAUGCAGUUACUUUUGAUACUACACAUAAGACUAAUAUGUAUGAUAAGCCAUUAGGAAUGUUUGUUGGUUCGAACCACCACCUACAAUGCACAAUAUUUGGGUUUGCUUUACUAGGAGACGAGACAGUUGAUACAUUCGAGUGGGUAUUCAAUACGUUCAAAACAUGCAUGGGAUGUGACGGACCACGAGUGAUGCUGACAGAUCAAGACCCUGCCAUGCCAAUUGCACUUGGCAGAGUAUUCCCAAACACAAUACAUCGAUUGUGUUUGUGGCAUGUGCAAAACAGGUAUAUGCCCCACUUGAAUGAAUUAUAUGCAAGAUUUGAGGACAUGGAUUUCAAAACAAGGUUCCAAUCUAUAAUACAUCAUCCAUUGAAUGAAAUGGAGUUCGAGGCAGCCUGGCAAAUGAUGCUUGAUGAUUUCCACCUACACGAGAACAACACCCUUGCCAGAUUAUAUGACAUACGCAGAGAUUGGGUACCUGCAUUUUUCAAAGGAGAUUAUUGUGGUCUUAUGGUCUCUACACAACGAAGCGAGAGCAUGAACAAGUUAGUGAAGAGUGCCCACGUGGAUGCAAGCACACCGCUUCAUCAAUUUGCAAAGCAAAUGAUGAAGCUAUUGCAUAGUAGGAAGAUGAAAGAGGCCAAAGAGGCACUAGGAUGCAUGGGUCAAAAGGAUACAACUACAUUGUAUAUGUUUGAAAUAAGAGUAGCAAGGGCAUACACUAGAGCUGUGAUGACAAGGUUUCAGGAGUCAGUAAAAUAUGCAACUGCAUACCGAAUAGACCGUGAUACACAGGGUGAGGAACAUGAUUGGGUGGUGAAACAUACUACAAGAUCAAAUAAAAUUGUUUGGGGUCAACACCAAUUCAAGAUAAGGGCUGAUGUGGAUGCCGGAAAGUAUUCAUGUGAGUGCAAGCAUUGGGAGCAUACAGGUCUAUUUUGUGUUCAUCUUGUACGCGCUUUCAUGCAUCUACAAAUUGAAAGGAUCCCAAGUGAGUAUAUUUUGCAACGAUACACAUACUCCGCGCAUCAAGAUGUGGCUUUUUCAAGAGACGAUAGGAAUUUGAAAGGAAAAGAUGGAGAAACUAGAUCAUAUAGACAGAAGAUGUUGCUUAAAAAAGCAAUGAAAGUAGUACACCAUGCGAGUAUGUCUAAAGCUGGGAAUGAUAAAGCCCUAGAGAUGAUGGACGAAUUAUUAGGGUUAUUGAUGCGUGUGGAGCCUGAUAUAGGUACUAGUGAGAGUUGUGGCACAAGUGUUUGCGAUGACAUCCAGGUCGAAGCGUAUGAAACAGAAGAAAUGGCUAUAGACAACUUACGCAAAUUAGAUGAUGGGAACGAGGAAAUUUUAAUGGGCUCUAAUACAAAUGAAUGCAAUAAUAAGGAUGAUCAAUGUAAUAUGCAGAUAUUAACAUUGGAACAUAACACUGACAUUCGGCUGGUUGAGAGUAGUUCUAUGGAUGUGGAAGCUAGAAAGAAACUGGAAUUUCAUAUGGAAGGUGUAAACUUGACGAGACCAGAUAAGGCCAAGCCUAAGGGAAGAACAAUCAAAAGUAGUGAGCAACAAGUUUUAAAAUUGGGUGCGAAAGGAGCUAAGAAGAUGAGCAGGAAAUGCCAGAAAUGUGGCAUAGCUGAUGGUCACAACAGCCGUACGUGUUUAACUGUCGAGGAUAAUAGGGUUCGAUUGGCUAACCUAUCUGGACGUAAGCGAGGACGGCCUCCUGGUUCAAGGAACAAAAUCAUAGCUGCAGCCCCGCAAUGGAAUGAGACAUCAACGUCGAAAAAACGAACGGUGGAUGUCGGAGAUGAUGAUUCAUCUGGUAGAGAGUAAAAGAGCAUAAGAUACAAAUAUUUCCUUGUGUAAAUGUGAUUCAUGUGUUCGUUUGUCUACUUCCAGAAAGAAUCAUAAAUAUACUUGCAAACUGGUAUAAAUGGAUGUGUAGUUUGUCAUAAGCUUUAACAGUAAUGCAGCAGUCUGACUGUAUAUGUACAUAGCAUAAAUGUAUGUGAAAACCUGCGUAACUAUGCGUUGUGUAAUGCAUAAGAGUGUAAGCAUGUGAACCAAUGACUGUACAAAAAUGACUGCGUAAGUUGUAGUGCAAACUGGCAUAAAUGUCUGUGUAAUUUGUCAUAAGCUUUAACAGUUAUGCAGCAAACUGACUGAACAUAUACUACGGUCAAUAAUUAUAUCG